CUUAACCACGCUCCUCUCUCUCACUCUCUCACACACUCAAACAGAGCAAAGGCAAAGGCAAAAGUAGAAAUCUCAUGAAAGCAGAUUAUCAAUGUUAAUGGCCGAUCUCUGACUCUGCUCCGGCCAAUCAGGAAAUCUUGAUAAUUCAUAUUCAGAAGAAAGGAAAUGGAUCGAGUUCAUGACGAGUUACAUGAACUUAAAUCAGAGAUGGAAAAACUCAAAGAAGAAUGCCGGACCAAGAAGGAGCUUUCUGAGAGUUUGAGGAAAGCCCACAAUGAACAGCUAGUAAAUUUCAUGGAAGCUAAGUCGCUGAUUGAGGAACAGGCCCAACAACUCAAUGCCAAGUCUGAGGAAAUAUCCGAGUUAAGGCAAAUCUGUGAGGAGCUCAAAUCCACCUUGCACGAAAAGGAAUUGUUCCUUAAGGACCUCAAUUUUGCGAAUGAAAAACUUCGAGUUGAAUAUGGUGAGAGAAUUCAAAAACUGGAGGGAGAAAACAAGGUGUUGGUGUUGGCUUUAGAUGAAGCAACAACAAGAACUCAAGAUUGGGAGAAGAAGAUUUGUGCUGGUAACGAAGAAAUUGAAGGACUUAAAAGACUCGUAUUGAUUGCGGAGAAGAAAUGCCUUGAAGCAGAGCGAAAAGCCAAGGCAUCUGAAGAGCUGGAACGGAGAGAGAAUGUGAUACUGAAAAUUGAGGAUGAAAAUAGGAAUGUUCAAGAUCAGUUGAAAUGGAAGAGUGAACAGUUUAUGCAUCUCGAAGAAGCACAUACGAGGCUUCAAGACCAGUUCCAGUUGAGCAAGGUGGAGUGGGAGAAUGAGAAAUCGGAACUGUUUGACGAGAUCUGUUCAUUGCAAACAAGGUUGGAUUCUCAAACCAGAAUCUCACAAAAUCUUCAUAGCCAAUUAAAGAUGUGCAACCAAGCACUAUCUCAUGAAGAAAGCAAAAGAAAGAUUCUGGAGGUCGAGGUGUUUGAAUUGAAAUCGCACUUUGAGAAUGUAAUUUUGGAGUGUGAAGAAGCGAAAUCAAGGAUCGAAAACUUGGCCCUUCAGAGGGAUGAAGAUAUUGCAGAGCUAAGAAACACACUGGGAACUAAAGAAAGCCUCUCCAAAGAAAUGGAGUACAAAAUUUCCCAUCUCGAGCAGGAGAAUCAGGAACUGUACGGAUCUCUCAAAGAAUGUCGGGAGGUUCAAAUCAAGAAUGCUGGAGGCAAUUCGUUAAAAAAGCUGCAAAACAAACUUCGAGGUUUGGAGCAGUUGCAUAGCCAAUGUUCUGUGAAUCUCAAAGAAAAAGAAGCUGAAUGGAGUUCUCGGAUCGAAAAGAUGACAAGAGAUAUAAAUGGCUACAUAUCUGAUUUAGAGGGUAAAGACAAAGAAAUACAGGAAUUGCAGAUGAAGCUAGAAGGUUGCCAUUGUUUGUUGGAGGUUCAGAAUGAAGAGAUUUAUGUAGUAACCAUGGUAUUGAAAUCAGAAUUCUCUGCAGUUUACACAAAGCUGUUUGAUGAAAAAGCUGAAAUAGAGAAAAGAAACGAAGCGAGGGAAGAUAAAAUUUUGCUUCUAAGAGAGCAAUUGGAGACAAAAAACAGUGCUCAAUCUGAAGUUGAUGGCAAGCAGAAGGGGGAGGAAGGAAGAUUCCUAGUGGAGAGGGUUGAGUGCUCUGAUCGUAUUAAACAUGAGGAGAGUUUCAUGGCGGAGGAGGAGCUCGAGAGGCAUAAGAAAAUGCUCGAUGAAUUAUCUAACUUUCAUGCUUGUUUGGAAGAACAAGUUGUGCAAAUGGAAAGUGAACUAAAAAGGAGCAGCAAAGAUGUUUCAUAUGCUUUAGAAAGAGCUAAUUGCGAAUUGGCCAGGAAAAUUCAUUUAGUCGAUCAAACCAAACUUGAACUGCGGAGAUGGAAAUCUAGUGCAGAAAAGGCAAAAGUGUAUUUUGAAGAAAACCACGAAGUCCUCAAGCAAGAAAAAGAUAGCCUCCUUGGCGUUGUAAAAGAGCAAGAUGGGAAAAUAGGUCAUCUUCAGCAACAGGUUGUUCUACUAGAAUCAACAAUUGCAGCAAAUAUGAAGGCGAUAGAAGCUCUAAAGCAAGAGAAAGAGAACUAUUACCUAAUUGCAGAAACUAAGGAUCAUAGCAUAGAAAAGCUUCAAGAAGAGAAUGCUUGGUUGAAGCAAGAGUCUGCAAAGAGAGAACAAGCACAGUUAGAUGCACAAAAGACAUUGGCUGAAGAGGAAGAGAGAAUUCUAGAAUUUAUAAAGGAGAAAGACCAGAGAAUAGAAGAUCUCAGUGCACAAGCAAUGUCAAUGAAGCAAGAUUUUGAAAGUUCAUUGGUUUCUUUCUUUUCUGUAGUUACAGAAAAACAGAUUGAAAUCAAUGUACUAAACGAAGUGUUGGAAAAGGCUGAGAAUCUGAAAAGGUUUGAAAUUCAAGAGAAGAACAAGAAAAUCGAUGAACUGGAAACAGAAACCAAUGAGUUACGUCAAACAUUGGAAUUUCAGGAGGAAUCUUUGCUUCAAUCGCAGAAACAGAUAACAAAGUUGGAAGAGGCUGAGAAUCUGAAAGAGUUAGAAAUUCAAGAGAAGAACAAGUCAAUUGAUGAACUGGAAACAAAAACCAAUGAGUUGUGUCAAAAACUGAAAUUUCAGGAGGAAUCCUUGCUUCACUCGCAGAAACAAGUGGCAAAGCUCGAAGCUGUAUUGGAAACGCACAAAUCAGAAACAGAAGGAUUGAAGGACCGGUUUUGGAGCGAAAAGGGGCACAUGGAGGGCCUAGUUAAAGAGCUUCAGUGUGAGAAAAGAUGUCUGCUUGAAGACAUGAUGAAGCUGUCUGCAGAAAGGGAAGAUAUGCUAAUUCGAAUGGAGGGAGUCUGUAAUUGGAUCGGAGACUUUUCUGGUGAAGAUGUUGACCUGAUGGACAUUUUUGGGAAAAUCUUGCAAAAUUGUGACAAUAGCAAUGGACAUGCAAUGGAUUUGGUGAGUGAUGGGCUUUCUGAUUCACGCACUGAUGGUGAAAACACGCAUAUCUCUUCCUUGAUAAAGAACAUUGAAGAGAGAAUUGACAAAAGAUCACCAUUGAAAGCACUCAACCAUUAGAAGGCUCUACUUGGAGAGACAAUUAAUUCUUCUAACAAAUGUCAGGAGGUGAUUUAUUAAUUCACAACUAUCGUAUAAUGUUGGAGUCGGAGAUGUAAUGAAAUGGUGUUUCGAACUAUCUUUAACUUGCGUGCUGUCAUUUGUAAGUACGUAGAGAUUGAAAUGUUUGAAUCCUUGCAAUUUUUCUCUCCUUUUCUCUUGGAAAUGUGUUUUCCAAAAUGUUACACAAUCGUUUCGCGAAUGUGCAUGCCAUAUGGUGAUUUUAAUAUCUAAACCAUCCGUUUGUUCUCAUA